UUUCUCACACAGUUAGUGUGCUCUGAGCAUUGGUGAAGAGAGGCAGUUUCACUCCUCGCUCCGCGGUAGUGGUUGUGAGGCGCACCUGUGGUUGCCUUGUUAUGCACUUGCUGUUUUAAGUUCAGCUGUUCACGAGUGAUGGUCGAGUGUGCAGAAAUGAACGGCAUUGUGCGAAUGGCGCCCUCCGUUUCCCGAUGAAAGGAACGUUUGCAAAGUUUUUACCGAGGCGAAAAUAAGGCCAAACUUGACAAGCGAAGAGAGAGAGAGGGCAGCGUUGGGCAUCUUCUGAUUUUUAUACUACCUGGGGAGGAGAGAAAGAAGAGGAAGAAGAAGAAGAAGACGAAGGAGGAGGAGGAGCCUUCUCGUGCCAUAUGACCUUUCGUCGAAAAUCCAUAUUUGCGUCUAGAUAAUGAUAAAUCCCAUGGUGUUUUGUAAGUGGACAGGGAUUCACAUGCACGCUGUGUGCUGUGUGUCAUGCAGUGUUUUCUUCAGUUUACCCACGUGAAUUAGCGCCACGGAAGAGGAGGAGGAGGAAGAAGAAGAAGAGGAAAAGUUUCUUCAAUAACGGCGUUCCGAAUUUUUGUUUUUUCAUUGAAGUGUUGCCAUAUUUUUUUUUUCAUGUCUUGAGGUUUUUUCGUAAUUGAGGAAGUGUUUUUGGCGGUGUGAGAAGUUGUUGUAGGACGAGCUUUUAAUUUUUAGUGAAGGAAUUAUGAUUGGCGUUAUCAAUGGAGGCUUUUUGUGGUGGACAACGAAAUUAUUGGUGGUGGUGGUAUGCGUCGUGGACGGAGCCAAGAGACAUCGCCGACCUGAUUACUGCCAAGAUAUACAGAAUUUAGCCGACAGAGCGCGCGGUGAACACGAAAACAAGCUGCUAAGUGGAACAAAGGGCGGCAGUGACGAAGGCUCCUUCCUGUGGAUGGUGAAAAGGAACCCGCCGUCCUACUUCUUCGGGACCAUCCACGUCCCUUACACGAGAGUGUGGGAGCACAUCCCGAACAACACCAAGCGUGCCUUCCACCUCAGCGACAAUGUCUACUUCGAGCUCGACCUCACGGAUCCUUACACCAUCUCAGCGCUCACCACCUGCCAGCUCUUACCUCAGGGCGAAAAUUUAUCGGACGUUCUGCGAGAACUGUAUACCCGCCUGAAGCGCCACUUGGCAUACGUGAAGGCCCAGAUGCCCCACUGGAUGACCUCUGACCAGCGGGGCAGAGGGCUGUAUGCCGAUUAUCUAUUCAACGCCAUCACCGGGAACUGGGAAAGAAAACGGCCCGUGUGGGUGAUGCUAAUGGUGAACUCCCUGACGGAGAGCGACAUCAGGAGCAGGGGCGUGCCCGUCCUGGACCUCUACCUGGCGCAGGAGGCCGAGCGCCUGACGAAGAGGACGGGCGCCGUCGAAAGGGUCGAGGAGCAGUGCGUGCCCCUCAACGGCCUCAAUUUCUCACAGGUUGUGUUUGCCCUAAACCAUACGCUGUCGCAGCAGGAGAUCCUGAGGGCGGGAGACGGUCGCCUGACCUUCACCACGGAUGACCUCAUCAGGCACUACAACUGCGGUGACCUCAACGCGGUCAUAUUCUCCCAGGACACCACACAGGUACCCCACCUGGGCAACGCCUCCCUGCCGCCGGUGGACGCCGCCACCGCUACCCACAUCGACGAGUACUUCCGGGAAGAGCUCAUCUACAGGAGGAACCAGCGGAUGGGGCAGAGGGUCGUCGAGAUCCUGAAGGCCAAUCCCGACCAGAGUUUCUUCUUCGCCUUCGGUGCCGGUCACUUCUUAGGCAAUCACACCGUCUUAGACGUAGUAAGGGCCAGCGGUCUCACCGUCCACCACGUAGCUCCUGAUACCAGAAUAAAAAGACACAAACGUCGAAGAGGACACAGAGGGGGUAUCGUCCCUGAGCCGUCGGUGUUGAAGGACUUCCUCACCACCAACACCUUAGAGGCUCAGCACCAACACGACCCUGCCUUUGCCAAGUUUUUGUCUGAGCAAGGAAGGCGCAGAGGCCCAGCGACAACCAGCGAACCGUCCAGGAAACACGCUCACUUCAAUGACCUUUGGGUCAGGAUAGACACUGACCUCCCACAAACGUACGACCAGCACACCUCGUCUUACCCCGAGGACACGACGAGUAUCCCAGCCGACUCCAGGGACGCAGAAUUGGUAAGGGAGUCCCUGAGGGUAUGGUACGGCCUCCCCAUCAGGAACCAGGCAUCCUCUGCCCUCCUGCUGAAGUGGCAGACCGCGACGUUGCUACUUCCUCUCCUGUGCUCCAUUUUGCUCCAGUGGAGGCUGACUCUCUCAUCUUCCUCGUACUUCGUUGCAAGAUCAAGCGCGACAAGGUGAUGACGACGCACUUCGAAGGGUGACCUCGAAAGUAAGAAUUCGCACUCGGAGCGUCAAGUUUUAACAGCAUCUACGUCUUACUGAAAGGAUCUGCGCAGCAAGUGAAUACGCCGUGAACUUUGAACUGAAAGUGACUUCAGACAUUGUUGCAAGUGUUUGUAAAAGUCACGCACAAAAAAAUGUGGAGUCUCUCUCUCUUUCUCUUGCUUCGCGAAUUGAUGAGGAAUUUUGAGGAAUAUUAGAAUUUUCACGUGCAUGUUGAUAAUGACAGAGUAAGUUUGUCCUUUUAUUUUUUGUACCAGAAUGAUAUAUCUCAUUACAAGCACGGUUUUCGACGUGAAAGGACAUUAAAGGCAGUGAACUGAAUUUAAUUUUCAACUCG